ACGCCCGGAGCGGCCGCUGCGGCCAGUAGCUGCCGCCGCCACCGCCGGCCCCUUCACCGGCUGCCCCGCUCAGACCUAGGCGGGAGGGGUGAGAGAGAUGCAGCUUGGGGCCCAGCUCCGGCACCGCACCCCGUAAAGGGCUGACCUUCCACCUCGCCACCUCACCCACGGCAAGCCAAGACCAGACCAGCUCAGACCGCCUCUUGUGCUUGUGAAACCGAACACAACCAAAGCAUGGAUAUGGGAAACCAACACCCUUCUAUUAGUCGGCUUCAGGAAAUCCAAAAGGAAGUGAAAAGCAUAGAACAGCAAGUCAUUGGCUUCAGUGGUCUGCCGGAUGAUAAGAAUUACAAGAGACUGGAGAGGAUUCUAACAAAACAACUGUUUGAAAUAGACUCUGUAGAAACCGAAGGGAAGGGAGACAUUCAGCAAGCCAGGAAGCGGGCGGCGCGGGAGACGGAGCGUCUGCUCAAGGAGCUGGAGCAGAAUGCGAACCACCCACACCGGAUCGAAAUCCACAGCAUCUUCAAAGAAGCCCAGGCCCUGGUGAAAGAGGAGAUCGUGCCAUUCUACACCGGAGGCAACUGCGUGACCGAGGAGUUCGAAGAAGGCAUCCAGGACAUCAUUCUGAGGCUGACGCACGUUAAAACCGGGGGAAAGGUCUCUUUGCGGAAAGCGAGGUAUCACACUUUAACCAGGGUCUGUGCGGUGCAGGAGAUCAUCGAAGACUGCGUGAAAAAGCAGCCGUCCCUCCCGCUCUCCGAGGACGCGCACCCUUCCGUCGCCAAGAUCAACUCUGUGAUGUGUGAGGUGAACAAGGCCAGGGGCACCCUGAUUGCCCUCUUGAUGGGGGUGACCAGUAACGAGACGUUCAGGCACUUGUCGUGUGUGCUCUCGGGACUGAUGGCCGACCUGGAUGCUUUAGAUGUUUGCGGGCACACCGAGAUCCGAAACUACCGCAGGGAGGUCGUGGAGGACAUCAACAAGUUGUUGAAGUAUUUGGAUUUAGAAGAGGAAGCAGACAGUACCCACGCAUUUGACCUGGGGCAGAAUCAUUCCAUUUUAAAAAUAGAGAAGGUCCUCACAAGAAUGAGAGAAAUAAAAAACGAACUCCUUCAGGCACAAAACCCCCUUGAGUUGUACGUGAGCUCCAAAACAGAGUUGCAGGGUCUGAUUGGACAGUUGGACGAGGUGAGUCUCGAAAAGAACCCGUGCAUCCGCGAAGCCCGGAGAAGAGCCGUGAUCGAAGUGCAGACCCUCAUCACUUACAUCGACUUGAAGGAAGCGCUCGAGAAAAGGCAGGCGUUCCCAUGUGAGGAGCACCCGUCGCACAAAGCCGUCUGGACCAUCCUGGGACACCUGUCCGACAUCCAGGGGGAGGUCCUCUCGUUCGAUGGAAAUCGAACUGAUAAGAACUACAUCCGGCUGGAGGAGCUGCUCACCAAGCAGCUGCUGGCCCUGGAUGCCGUCGACCCGCAGGGGGAGGAGAAGUGCAAGGCUGCCCGCAAGCAGGCGGUGAGGCUGGCCCAGAACAUCCUCAGCUACCUGGACCUGAAGUCCGACGAGUGGGAGUACUGAGGCCGGAGCGCCCGCGUGGCCGGCCGUGUUCACAGCGAGCUUCCGGGUCCGUGGGCCCGACUGUGAUUUAUACGUGCAUAUUUCAAUCUCAGUAUUUAUGAUUGAAGCAAAUUAUAUUCAGUUUCUCUGCUGCUUUUGAUGUCGCAAAACAAAUAUCAUUACAGCACAUUAACUUUUCCAUUGGAUGAGUAUCCGUAUGUUGUGGUGUGGUUUUUUUAAAGUCAAAAUGGAAUAGGGGCAGCUUUUAUCAUUUUUAAGCGGGUUGUGCAGGCGGUAAAUUGCAGAUGUUUCCAAUCUGGAGCUAGACGUAGCUUUGCAUAAAACCAGAACAAUUAUGGGAAAGGGGACUUUCCAGUUAAAGAGAAGUAAAUGUAAGGCGCAGGCGCAAGAGCAGGACGGUGUGUUUUAUUAUGCGGAAGCGGGAUUUUUUCAUUUACAAAGCCUGAUUGGUCUCACCCCAUUUAAUACGGCGGGGCUUUUUUCUUUUUUUUGGAUGGUCUGUUCUUUCAUAAACGUUUUGUUUGAAAAACUGUAUUCCCCUCCCCCCCUUACACUGCAUUUAGAGAGGGGGAUGUUUUUUGUGUGCGACAAAAGAAAAUUAUGAAAAUUAAUAGCAAAGAAACUUUUGAGACCGCAUUGAAAAAGGGUAAAACACCAGCCAGUACCUUCAAGUUGUUUUUGUUUGUAAAAACUGAACUUAGAGUUUUCCUUAGUAAGGGAGAGAACAUUGAAAUGAAGUUAAUGGACCUUUCAAAAAAAAAAAAAGUAGCACCCAUACCUGUAAUAGGGUAGUAAGAUCUGGAGAUGGGUUACCAAUGUCAGGUGAUACUCAAAACUAAUAGGCAAAUGUGUGUGGACCUAGCAUGUAAUGGGCUGAUCUGUCAUUCGAGGCUGCACAGUGGACGGUACUGUCUACAACGAUGGGAACAGAAACUGUUCCCAGCCCUGCAGGACCAGGUCACUACAGCUCGUCCGAGGAAGUCAGCGGUCAGCUCCUAGCAUCCUAAACAUCGCACUCUGGGACCAGGUGGGGCAAGCUGCUCGGAGCACCUGCUGUGCCCCUCACCUCCCGCCACUGGCUCGUGGGAGUUUCUCGAGCGCCUCACAGAGCCAGUAAAGUCUGUCGGUCCAUGAGAUUUUUCUCUUCCGCUAAAGGAUGUACAUAUUUCUGUAACUACUUCCUGAGGACCCAGUUUUACGGUUUCCUGUUAAUGUGAACAGGAAAACAUUCUCAAAGUUCUGAAGUGCCUUGAUGACAUGUAGGUCCCAGUAUUACCACAAGAGACUGCUCUUUCUGUAGUCACCUUGCACAGAAUAAUCAUGUUAGAGUACUUCUUUUGAACUCUGUAGUGACUGUUAUCUUUCAGAGAUUAAUUUGGUAACUUCAUGUAAACAGCUACAAAUAAGGUAGAUAAAGGAAUAUCCCUAAAUAUCUAAGAGGUGAUCAGAGUGUAGCCCUAGAGCGAUUUUCCCUUCGUCCCAGUAUUGCCCCAUAACUAAAAGCCCUUGACCUGUCUUUCCUACUAGAAUGUAGACGCGCUGGAUAGUGGGGCGCAGGGCAGCGAGCCCCUCCCACCGCACAUGCAGCUCCUGGCGGCCGAGGGCUCUCAGCGCAAGUUACUGGCAACUGUUUGAGGCAAACUUAUUUUAGGAUUGCUAUUCUGUAUCUUAGUUUUAGGGGCCUUUUAAAGUUCUGAAGAGUUUUUAAAAGCCGCUGACUGUCUGGGUCCCAGCUCAGGAGGUCAAGGUUUAUUUACUCCUCCCAGACACACCUGCGGUGGCCCGGCCAGCUCCAUUGUAAACUCCAGGCCUGAAAGUUAAAGGAGCAGCGUUUCCUUUAAGGAAACACUGUUCCGCCUAUUGUUCUGUGAAAACAGCUCUGCCCUGUGCUCCAUCUCACGUGUCUCUCCGGGUUCUGUAGCGCCGGCUCACUGCCCAGCUUUAGCGUGUGUAUGCUUGUCGGGCGCGGACCUCCGCCAGGCCCUUUGGGAUCGCUCACGUGGGUUCUUUUGGUCAAGAUACCAUCAAAGCAACCUUGAUGGAUGGUUAAGGCCCAGCGUUGCCUGUGUUCAAUCUGCCUGGUCCCCUGUACCUGCUGUCCUCCCCAAGUGGGCCCAAGUGACCUGGGUCUAGCUUGCCUGUCCCUCGUCGGGAGCAGGCUCUUUCGCUGUGGGCUGCUGCAUGCAAUCUUGUAACUGGGCUCACCACAUUGUAUUGUGUGUUCGUGAUCCAACCCGAAGACAAUCUGAAAUAGAAGUAAAAUCUACCCCUGAAGAUGUCUGCCUGGGUUCUGCAUUAAAUGGCGUAAUCCACGUUCACGCAAAACCGCUGGGGACGUUCACUGUCUUCCCUUCAGACACGCCCCACCCAGACAGAGCCGGUCAGUCUGUAACGCAGCAGUCACAAAAAUAAACGGAACCAGAAUGUCGACCGAGUACAGUUCAAUGCUUUAUUUUCCUAAAUUGGCUUGUGUAGUUGAUAUAACUUAGUAUGUUUGAGAAGUUUAACCCAUAAAAAAAAGAAAAAAAAAGUUUAACCCGUUUUUCUUGUUUGUUUUAUUUUGCGGUUUUUAUCUGGUUUUUGAGGGUCUAAGCUUAUCCUGUACAUACAGUUUUGUUAAGCAAGGUUUUUAGCUUUUCGUGCAUCUGGUACUUCUAAGAAUAAUUGGGGAGAUAUUUGCCAUUGAUUUUGAUGUAUAAUGGGUGUAAUACAGGUGUGUGGAUCCUGUCCCCUCUUUAUAAGCUGUAUGACUAUUGUAACAGUAUGUUUUAAGUAUUCAGUAUUAUUUGAGAUGCAUAUUAGUAUACCCUUAAUUAUGAAUGAAAUAAAAUGGUCUUAGCUUAUCUUUGCAGUGGA